CACCUCCCAUCCCAUGGUACAUGUUGAUAUCACACGAUACGUGCACAUAUAUAAGACCGAACUCGAUCUCCACACCACACGCCAGAGAAACCAUGGAUGAUCACGAAAGAGUCACGACGAACGUGUGGGGGAGAUCGACCAGGCCGGCAAGGAAAGCUAGCUAGCUCUACCAGACGAACAACUAGCGAGAGGAGGAGAUCGAGAAACAUGCAUGCAUCAUACCAGCUAAAUGAAUGAAUAGGAAGGCCCUGGUGGUGGCAGCAUGGGGGCUCUGCUCCUGGCCGCGCUGCUGCUGCUGCUGAUCGUGGUGAUCGCGCUGUGGGGGCGCCUCGUGCGGCGGCCGCGAGCCGUAGCGCGGUCGCUGGCGAGGCAGGGGAUCAGGGGCCCGGCCUACAGGUUCCUGGCGGGGUCCUUGCCGGAGGCGAAGCGGCUGGCGGUGGCCACCCGGAGACGGGCUCCGCCCCUGGACGUCGGCUCCCACGACAUCAUGCCCUUCCUGCUGCCGCCGUUCCACAGAUGGGUCGCUGAUUACGGGACAACAUUCCUGUACUGGAUCGGGCCAAUCCCUGCGAUCUUCUCCGUUGAUCUAGAGUUGAUCAAGGAGGUGCUUACAGACAGGACGGGCCUGUUUGCCAAGGAUUUCAUGGUCCCCAUUCUCAAAGUCCUCUUGGGCAACGGGCUCAUAUUGGCAAACGGGGACGACUGGAGACGGCACCGGAAAGUUGUCCUCCCAGCUUUCAACCACGAGAGGAUCAAGAGCAUGUCGGCGGUGACGGCAGAAGCUACGGAGCAGAUGACGCGGCGAUGGCGUGACCAGAUACUGCAAGGCGGCGCUCACCAAGCAGCGGAAAUACAUGUCGACCGCGCCAUCUCCGACCUGACAGCGGAGAUCAUCGGCCGCGUGGCUUUCGGCACGAGCCACCACGAAGCCGGCGAGGUCCUCCUCCUGAUGCACGAGAUGCAGGAGAUGGGCGCCGCGGCCAUGCUGGAUGCCCCGAUACUCUGGCAUCUGCCGACGCGGCGCAACUUAAAGGUGCGACGUCUGGACAAGCUGCUGAGGACCAAGAUCAUGGCGAUGAUGGAGGCGCGGGUGGCGGCCGCCAAAGACGAAGACAAUUGCAGCAGCGUCCAUGGCGGUGGCGGUGGCUACGGCGACGACCUGCUCGGGCUAAUGCUGGAGGCGUGGUCGCCGGAGCGGCAAGGGAGCGACGCGACGUCGACGCUGACAACCGAAGAGGUGAUCGACGAGUGCAAGACCUUCUUCGGCGCGGGGCACGAAACCACUGCCACCCUCCUCGUCUGGACCAUGUUCCUGCUCAGCACGCACCCGCAAUGGCAGGAGAAGGUCAGGGAGGAGGUCCUCCGCGAAUUCUCCGGCGCCGACGACGGCGGCGUCGUCGUCCCCAACUCCGACGUCCUCGCCAAAUUGAAGUUGCUUCACAUGGUUCUGCUCGAGACGCUGAGGCUGUACCCCCCGAUCGUGUUCAUACAACGGACGACCUCCUCGGACGUCGUGCUCAGGGGCAUCGAGGUGCCCCGGGGCACAGCGAUAUCGAUCCCCAUCGGCAUGCUGCAGCGGGACAAGGAGGUGUGGGGCUCCGACGCCGACGAGUUCAACCCCAUGAGGUUCAAGAAUGGCGUCUCGAGGGCCGCCAGGGACCCCAACGCGCUGCUGUCUUUCUCUCUGGGACCGAGGGCCUGCACUGGCCAGAGCUUCGGCGUCGUAGAAGCGCAGGUUGUCAUGGCGAUGAUCCUCAGGAAGUUCUCCUUCUCCCUGUCCCCCACGUACGUUCACAAGCCAAAGUAUGUCGUCUCGUUGACUCCCAAGAGUGGGAUGCCGCUCAUCUUAAGGAACCUCGAUGGGUGAGAGAAGAUUGCCUAUAGGUUUCUAGCUAGUAGUGUACUAUGGACAAAUUUGCAUCGACAUACCAAAGUAUUAGUUUUUUAUUAGAUAGGUUAGUUCCGUAGCGGGUGUAUGUGCUUUGCAUAGGUUUCAUUUAAAUGUUUAUGAAAUUUAUACUCCUUCCAUUCUCAUUUUCUAUAUAGCUAGUUUGACUGUACAAGAUCAAUCUGUAACCAUUAUUUUUCUAUAAUAUUUUGAAAAUAGU